UCAUCUCGCCAUUCCAUUUCCUCUGUUUCUCCCACCUCUCUCUCUCUCUCUCUCUCUCUCUCUGCCUCUGCCUCUCCUUCGUCCGCGACGAUGUUGCACGCUUCGCUGCCGUCUCUCCACUGCAGCAGCGGCGCCUCCCCAUCUCCCUCUCCGCCCCGUCUCUCUGCUCCUUCUCUCCACCCUUCUUCCUCCCCAUCUCCUCCUCCUCCAACUUCAUCUUCUUCUGUUCGACCGACCCCGCUUUUGUCUCGCCACGUCCUCUCCUUCUCGGCGCCCGCCAGAACCCGUUUGAGGGCGAAGCCGAAAUCUAUGGGACUGGAGGUGAACUGCUCGGCUAGUGAGCCAUUGAAGGUGAUGAUAUCCGGUGCACCAGCAUCUGGGAAGGGGACCCAGUGUGAAUCGAUCGUCAAGAAGUUUGGCUUGGUCCACAUAUCCACCGGUGAUCUUCUGAGAGCUGAAGUAUCUGCUGGGACUGACAUCGGAAACAAAGCCAAGGAGUUCAUGAAUGCGGGAAAGCUUGUACCAGAUGAGAUUGUGACGGCUAUGGUCACGGCAAGAUUAUCACUUCCGGAUGCUAAAGAAAAAGGGUGGCUUCUUGAUGGGUUUCCUCGGAGUUAUGCUCAAGCACAAAGCCUGGAAGAAAGGAAGAUUAGACCAGACAUUUACAUUGUGUUAGAUGUUCCUGAUGAAAUUCUAAUCGACAGAUGUGUUGGUAGACGGCUAGACCCAGUGACAGGGAAGAUUUACCAUAUUACAAAUUUUCCUCCAGAGACAGAGGAGAUUAAAGCUAGACUUGUUACCCGUCCUGAUGACACAGAGGAAAAGGUGAAGUCACGCCUGGAAAUAUACAAGAAAAAUGCUCAGGCUAUACUAUCGACUUACUUGAGCGUAAUGAAUAAGAUUGAUGGAAAUCGUCCCAAAGAUGUGGUUUUCAGUGAAGUAGACUCACUGCUGUCAAUGGUGCAAAACGAUAAAGCAAAAACAACAAAACUAGGGAACCCUGUAUCUGGGAUCUCACUGCCAUCAAAUCAGGCAACUAAAAAGGAGGGUAAAUGGCGGGGAAUGCCUACUAGGUUGAAUAACAUUCCUCACUCUAGAGAAAUCAGAACAUAUUUCUAUGAUGAUGUGCUUCAAGCUACGCAGAGAGCCGUAUAUGAUGGAAAAACAAGACUAAAGGUAGAAAUCAAUAUCCCAGAGCUAAACCCAGAAAUGGAUGUUUAUAGAAUAGGUACUCUGAUGGAACUUGUCAGGGUUAUUGCUCUUUCAUUUGCUGACGAUGGAAAACGUGUUAAGGUUUGUGUUCAAGGGUCCAUGGGAGAAGGUGCUCUUGCUGGAAUGCCACUGCAGCUAGCUGGUACUCGCAAGAUAUUGGAGUUCAUGGAUUGGGGAGAUCAUGGUGCAUUAGGAACCUUUGUCAAGAUUGGAUCUAUAGGUGCCAAAGAGGUUGACGAGCAAGACGACAUUUUUAUCUUAGUGGCUCCUCAAAAUGCUGUGGGUAACUGUAUCAUCGAUGAUCUCAGGGGCAUGACUGAAUCUGCUGGUAUGCGUCCGGUCAUCCUCAUCAAUCCUAGGCUUAAGGAUUUACCAGGUUCCAGUGGUAUCAUGCAAACUAUGGGACGGGACAAGAGACUGGAGUAUGCUGCAUCAUUGAGAAUUGCUAUUUCUUCCGGCUCCUCUAUUAUGCAGGAACUCAAUACCCAAUUAUGGGUGCUCUCAGGAUGUCCUACCCCUACCCUCACGAAUUGUACAAACGAGUCGAAGCCAUCUGGGAAGGAGGAGUAUAUCUUGCUUUCAACAUUCAAUGGAAGACCAAGUACUGAUGAAGUCAACGAUGCCUUACGUGGGAAACCGAGAAAUCAAGUCAAGAACACAUCCGGAAUAUGGGGUUUCUUGAGCAGUAUGCUGCAGUAGACGGGAAGCUGCGCAUAAAGUACGACUUUACUUCUCCGCCCUAAUGAAUCUAUAGGCUCGGCCAAUGAAUUCCAUUCUUUGUGUAGAGAGUAUCUUUAAAUAGAUGUCCCAAUAAUCGGGUUGGAGGAUUUUUUGCCGUUAAUUAUGAGACGAUGGUUGGUAUCUGAAUUCGCUUGAUGUUAACAGCAGUAUAGUUCCAUAUGCACAGUA